AUGUCUUGGAGAGGAGAGGAGAGGAAAGGAGAGCAGAGGGGAGGAGAGGAGAGGAGAGGAGAGGAGAGGAGAGGAGAGGAGAGGAGAGGAGAGGAGAGGAGAGGAGAGGAGAGGAGAGGAGAGGAGAGGAGAGGAGAGGAGAGGAGAGGAGAGGAGAGGAGAGGAGAGGAGAGGAGAGGUGGAGUGAGAGGAGAGGAGGACUGAGAGUAGAAGAGGAGUGAGAGGAGAGGAGAGGGGGAUUGAGAGGAGUGGAGAGGGGGAGUGAGAGGAGAGGAGAUGAGGAUUUAGAGGAGAGGAGAGGGGGAGUGAGAGGAGAGGAGAGGAGUGGCGGAGUGAGAGGAGAGGAGAGGAGGAGAGGAGAGGAGAGGAGAGGAGUGAGUGGGGAGUGAGAGGAGUGGAGAGGGGGAGUGAGAGGAGAGGAGAGGAGGAUUGAGAGGAGAGGAGAGGGGGAGUGAGAGGAGGAUUGAGAGGAGAGGAGAGGAGAGGCGAAGUGAGAGGAGAGGAGAGGCGAAGUGAGAGAAGAGUAGAGGGGGAGUGAGAGGAGAGGAGAGGGGGAGUGAGAGAAGAGAAGAGGGGGAUUCAAUGCAGCUGAGCCACCUCAUGAUCCCACACUUUCUCUAUUCAGUCUGGCAAAGACCCCUAUGCAAUUACACAGCUCCACUAGUGUGGAGUCCUACAGGCGAUAGCUAUAUAAUAGUUAUACCUCACAUCUCUGCUGUCCAUGACGAUAUCCUCACUUUACCAUGAAAGGCUUGUUCAAUAAGAAGCACUGUAACACCUAGCUUCCCUCUAGCUUUGUCUUUGAUGGCAUCCUGCUGUUACUGUAUGAUUCCAAGGUGGGUUGUCUGUUUAUGAGUCUUUCUUCCUGGGUUAGAGGUUUUUAUAUGACUGACAUGACAGACAUGACAGACGUGACAGACGUGACAGUAUGCCUUGUAGUAUAAUACUACUCUAUGUAUAUGUAUUUCUGCUUGUGUGUGUGUGUGUGUGUGUGUGUGACUGUACUGUAACACAUGUUUUAUUUGUGUGAAAACUGUGUGUGUUUGUGUGGGAUAAACAUGCAGGUUUUCUCCAUAAGCCUUGAACAGUAUAUCCUCUGAGGACUUGAGUGGCUGAUAGUGGCUGCUGCACUGUGUCACACCCUUUCUGAUGGGGUAGGUGACCCUAGCUCUCUCCCUUCAGGUAAAGGACCCGAGACGGUCUUCGCCGGCCAAAAGCUCAACGACAAUGAGUGGCACACGGUGAAAGUGGUGCGCAGAGGAAAGAACCUCCAGCUCUCUGUGGACAACGUGACGGUAGAAGGUCAGUGUCCACUCUCCACUGUCUGUCACUACCCCUUGGUGGGUAGAAUGGAGGGAUAGGUAAGAGGAAUGGAAGACAGAAGGGGUAUUAUGAAGUCUGGGGAUAAAAAUGACCCUGUGAAGUUAUUCCUUACGUUGCCAGUGUCAGUCAGUUUGAACCGGUUUGUGGUGGUCACAAACCGCCCAGAGAAGUCCUCUGGGGCUGACCAUGUUUAGGACGGGGGUAUUUGUAAUAAGCCGCUUGGCCGUGCUCAUUACUGCUCAUUAGUGGGAAGCAAUAACAUCAUCAUGGCAUGUAACUACCAUAUUUCAUCCGCAUACAUAUCAUGAUCUGGGCCUAAAGCGUGUCCUGAUCAGGCCACAUGGUUAGGAAAAUGAGGAGGAACUCCAUGCCUAUAAUCCUAACAUAUUCCCAUGUCCUCCUUCGCUCUCCAGGCCAAAUGACAGGUGCCCACACCCGUCUGGAGUUCCACAACAUUGAGACGGGCAUCAUGACAGAGCGCCGCUUCAUCUCCAUGGUGCCCUCCAACUUCAUCGGUCACCUCCAGGGCCUGACAGUCAAUGGCGUGCCCUACCUGGACCAGUGCAAGAACGGCGACAUCUCCUACUGUGAACUCAACGCCCGCUUCGGCAUGCGCCACAUCAUCGCCGAUCCAGUGACGUUUCGAACGAAAGCGAGCUAUCUAGCGUUGGCUACUUUGCAGGCCUACGCUUCCAUGCACCUCUUCUUCCAGUUCAAGACCACCACGUCGGACGGCCUGCUGCUCUUCAACUCGGGGGACGGCAGCGACUUCAUCAUUGUGGAGCUGGUCAAAGGGUGAGUCUGGACGUUUGAUUCGUCCCUUACUGAUAAGGACAUGACAUAAGAUUACCCUGAAAAAUGAAAUGUGGUGAAGUUCAGCUUAUUCUGCCAACAUGGCCUACCAUUCCAAGUGUGGCACAUCUUAAUCACACGAUAAUGCGAAACAGAAAACAAUUAUUUACAUGAAAAUAUUCUACAAUAUACAGUGGAGAACAAGUAUUUGAUACACUGCCGAUUUUGCAGGUUUUCCUACUUACAAAGCAUGUAGAGGUCUGUAAUUUUUAUCAUAGGUACACUUCAACUGUGAGAGACGGAAUCUAAAACCAAAAUCCAGAAAAUCACAUUGUAUGAUUUUUAAGUAAUUAAUUUGCAUUUUAUUGCAUGACAUAAGUAUUUGAUCACCUACCAACCAGUUAGAAUUCCGGCUCUCACAGACCUGUUAGUUUUUCUUUCUGUUCUCCUGUUCUCCACUCAUUACCUGUAUUAACUGCACCUGUUUGAACUCGUUAACUGUAUAAAAGACACCUGUCCACACACUCAAUCAAAAAGACUCCAACCUCUCCACAAUGGCCAAGACCAGAGAGCUGUGUAAGGACAUCAGGGAUAAAAUUGUAGACCUGCACAAGGCUGGGAUGGGCUACAGGACAAUAGGCAAGCAGCUUGGUGAGAAGGCAACAACUGUUGGCGCAAUUAUUAGAAAAUUGAAGACGUUCAAGAUGACGGUCAAUCACCCUCGGUCUGGGGCUCCAUACAAGAUCUCACCUCGUGGGGCAUCAAUGAUAAUGAGGAAGGUGAGGGAUCAGCCCAGAACUACACGGCAGGACCUGGUCAAUGACCUGAAGAGAGCUGGGACCACAGUCUCAAAGAAAACCAUUAGUAACACACUACGCCGUCAUGGAUUAAAAUCCUGCAGCGCACGCAAGGUCCCCCUGCUCAAGCCAGCGCAUGUCCAGGCCCGUCGGACGUUUGCCAAUGACCAUCUGGAUGAUCCAGAGGAGGAAUGGGAGAAGGUCAUGUGGUCUGAUGAGACAAAAAUAGAGCUUUUUGGUCUAAACUCCACUCGUCGUGUUUGGAGGGAGAAGAAGGAUGAGUACAACCCCAAGAACACCAUCCCAACCGUGAAGCAUGGAGGUGGAAACAUCAUUAUUUGGGGAUGCUUUUCUGCAAAGGGGACAGGACAACUGCACCGUAUUGAGGGGAGGAUGGAUGGGGCCAUGUAUUGCGAGAUCUUGGCCAACAACCUCCUUCCCUCAGUAAAAGCAUUGAAGAUGGGUCGUGGCUGGGUCUUCCAGCAUGACAACGACCCAAAACACACAGCCAGGGCAACUAAGGAGUGGCUCCGUAAGAAGCAUCUCAAGGUCCUGGAGUGGCCUAGCCAGUCUCCAGACCUGAACCCAAUAGAACAUCUUUGGAGGGAGCUGAAAGUCCGUAUUGCCCAGCGACAGCCCCGAAACCUGAAGGAUCUGGAGAAGGUCUGUAUAGAGGAGUGGGCCAAAAUCCCUGCUGCAGUGUGAAAACCUGAUCAAGACCUACAGGAAAUGUAUGAUCUCUGUAAUUGCAAACAAAGGUUUCUGUACCAAAUAUUAUGUUCUGCUUUUCUGAUGUAUCAAAUACUUAUGUCAUGCAAUAAAAUGCAAAUGAAUUACUUAAAAAUCAUACAAUGUGAUUUUCUGGAUUUUUGUUUUAGAUUCCGUCUCUCACAGUUGAAGUGUACCUAUGAUAAAAAUUACAGACCUCUCUACAUGCUUUGUAAGUAGGAAAACCUGCAAAAUCGGCAGUGUAUCAAAUACUUUUUCUCCCCACUGUAGAUGCAGUGAAAAGGAGAAAGUCCUACAUAAGUUCCACUAAGAUAGGGUAGGGAGUUUGAGUUAUACGGUGCUGUGAAUCAGGGCUGGUUGGAGGAAGUUCCCUCUAUUUCUCAGGGAGCAAUAAUAUUCACUCUGGUUUAUGGCUCCAUGAAUGGCCAGAACAGGCUAUAAUUAUGGUGGAGGAAAUAGAAGUUGGAGAAAAUAUUCCACUUUCUUCAUUGUAAAUAUCAGACGCCCAUCCACCUGUACACACAAUCCAUAUGCCCCAUAGAUGUAAACAGACUGAAUGAAAGCUAUUUAAUUGGCCUUAAAAUUGUAAUUUAGUUGUUAAAACUCUGAAUGAAGGCUUUGAAGAAAAGGAACCCUGAAAUUGCUCUGCUCUGAAUGGUGUGUUAUAUUCCCUGCUGUCGCCAGGCUAUUCAUCCAUUCUUACAGUAUAUUUGAAAAAUGCUUGUUGUGAUGCAUGUAUCUCCCUGCCCCUCUUCCUCCCCGCCUGGCAUUGUUACGACACAAAGGACCCCAACCUUCUCUUUCAGCACACACAAAGACAAGGCAAAGCAGGAAUAAACAAAUUCGAAAAACAUUGCUCAGGCAAACUAGUCAUCACCAGAUGACACAAAAGCAAAUCAUUUUGCGCAUGAACGAAAUAUGCCACCAUGUCCACCUCUGGGCAAAUAGGAGGGGAAAGUUUCAUUCAGAGCAUCUGAGAGGAAAAACUAGUUUCUUAUUUACAUGUCAAAACAAAAAAAGACAAAGUAUAUCAUUUCUGAGAAGCUGUAUAUUACUGUAAGUGGGGUAGGGCAAUCUACUGCUGGAGGCUCAGUGAAAGGAUGCUGUUUACAUAUAAUAUGGGUUGGACUGGCUCAGCCUGUCUCCUUGAACUCCGGGCUCCUCCAUUGAAUAGCCUUAACUAUACUGAAAGUACUGCAUGGUGUCUCCAUGGAGUUGUUCAAAACAAAUAUUUGACUGGAGAAACCUUUUUCAAAAGAGCCAGGAACAUUUUUCAAAAAGAGCCUGGAACAUUUUUCAAAAUAGCCUGGAACAUUUUUCAAAAGAGCCUGGAACAUUUUUCAAAAUAGCCUGGAACAUUUUUCAAAAGAGCCUGGAACAUCUUUCAAAAGAGAGCCAGGACAUUUUUUUAAAGGGUCUGGAACAUUUUUCAAAAGAGCCUGGAACAUUUUUCAAAAGAGCCAAACACCAAAUUCUUCAGCUUGCUUGGCUAGACCUGGCUAUGUCUGGUUUACACUUAUUUCAAAGAACGUUGUUCUAUGGGUGACAUUUAGAUUUUGGUUUGGUCACACUGACUGAAUGUGAUGGAUGAGGUGUUAUUGGUAGAAAUGUUCUCCUUUUUGAAGCACCUUUGCCACUUUGUCCCUUACAGGUUUUCGUUCAGUCUCACACACACACACACACACACACACACACACACACACACACACACACACACACACACACACACACACACACACACACACACACACACACACACACACACACACACACACACACACCUACAGUCAUUUACUAAAAGUAUCUUACGACCUGUGUUUAUAGCUACGUCCAUUAUGUCUUUGACCUCGGCAAUGGUCCGUCGCUGAUGAAGGGCAACUCGGACAAGCCACUCAACGACAACCAGUGGCACAACGUGGUGGUCUCCCGGGACGCCAACAACGUGCACACGCUCAAGAUCGACUCACGCACCGUCACCCAGCACUCCAAUGGAGCCCGCAACCUGGAUCUCAAAGGUAAGGGGCAUUAUUCCAUAUCCCCUUUUCCGUAG